UCUACAGCUAGUUAACAAAUGGGCAUUGCAGGUCAUAUAUCCAAUUAGUACUAAAAAACAGAAAGUUAUAUAUGGGUGGUAUGAAGGCUUUCUUGGGUGCUCUUGUUUUACUUAGUUUACUGUGGCUCAUUUUGUAUGGUAUUUUAGUCAAUCAGGAAACUAAAAAAAUCACUGCUACGACGAUCGAUCGUUUAGAUUUUUGGAAGAUAACACAAACUGAAAGGUAUGAUCUUCAAAAGAGUCUUAAUUAUGUGAGCAAAAGAAUUCAAAUCAAUGCCAUACCAAACAGGAAAGCAGGGAAGGGAACUAGGGCUGCCACCAAAAAUGUAAGUGCUAGAGCAAUCAAACAUGUAGAUGUUUGGAAGUUAAUAGAAGCUGAGAAGCAAUAUCUUCAAAGAAAUCCAAAUUUCAAUUAUGUGAGCAAAAGAAGAGUGCCUACUGGACCAAAUGCCAUUCACAACAGGAAAGUAGGGGAGUAUAGAGAGCCACCCAAUCGAGCUUGAGCUUAGGAAGACACUUGAAAGUACCAUAUUUACAACAUACAUUGCAGUGAAGACGAGUACAAUUUUCUUAAAUAUUUUGAAUUAUUAACUAGUACAUAUACUUUUUAUGUUUGUUUCAUAUUUCUGAUGUAUCGAUGUUCGAAAUCACACUGCACUACAUGAAUGGAAUUCUAAGCAAUGAGAUUAAAAUGAAAGUAGAUUGGCAAGCAAAACUUUUCAAGAC